UAUAGGAGAAUUUAGAGACGGAAAAAGAUACAAGGAAGAAGAGAAUAUUUUUAAACUUUGAAAAGCUGAGGUGGCGUCGACGCAGUUUCAACCGAUCUCUGCAACGACCAAAAAGCUGUUGAGAGUUGAGACAUGGAAGAACAAGAAAUCGAGAUUGGAUAAAGACAAACCAUUCUAUGAACACCUCAGCUCCGUAUGAACAACGGUUUAUAUUUAGAACCAUUUAGUCAGAGAUGCUUUUUUGGUAAUAGACCUCUUUUAGUCAGAGAGAUACAGAGGAGGAAGAAGAAGUAGCGAAGGAAUCAGAAUCGGCAAAAUGAGGAUUGAUGCGGAGAAUGAUGGAGUAUCGGCGUCAAGGAAUCACUUGGUCUUCGCUUACUAUGUAACCGGCCAUGGAUUCGGCCACGCCACUCGCGUCGUUGAGGUGGUUCGGCAUCUAAUUCUCGCGGGACAUGAUGUGCACGUCGUUACUGGAGCUCCUGACUUCGUUUUCACUUCGGCAAUAGAGUCCCCUAGGCUUUUUAUUCGCAAGGUGCUGCUUGACUGCGGAGCAGUUCAGGCUGAUGCAUUGACUGUCGAUCGCCUUGCCUCUUUGGAGAAGUAUUCAGAGACAGCAGUGGUACCCCGGGCUAAAAUUUUGGAAACAGAAGCAGAGUGGCUGAACUCCAUCAAAGCUGACUUAGUGGUCUCAGAUGUUGUUCCAGUUGCAUGCCGUGCAGCUGCAGAUGCUGGAAUUCGCUCUGUUUGUGUUACCAACUUCAGUUGGGACUUCAUCUAUGCAGAGUAUGUGAUGGCUGCUGGAAACCAUCAUCGUUCCAUAGUUUGGCAGAUCGCAGAAGAUUACUCUCACUGUGAGUUUCUGAUCCGCCUCCCAGGAUACUGCCCGAUGCCUGCUUUCCGUGAUGUGAUUGAUGUACCUCUGGUUGUUAGGAGGUUGUACAAAUCCCGCAAAGAGGUGAGGAAGGAACUUGGAAUCGGAGAUGAUGUGAAAGUAGUUAUCCUCAACUUUGGUGGACAGCCUGCAGGCUGGAAGUUGAAGGAGGAGUAUUUACCUUCUGGCUGGUUGUGCCUGGUUUGCGGUGGUUCUGACGGCCAGGAGCUUCCUCCAAAUUUCAUGAAGCUUGCAAAAGAUGUAUAUACACCUGAUGUUAUGGCAGCAUCUGACUGUAUGCUUGGAAAAAUUGGAUAUGGCACUGUGAGUGAAGCAUUGGCAUACAAACUGCCAUUUGUCUUUGUACGCAGAGAUUAUUUCAAUGAAGAACCUUUCUUGAGAAAUAUGCUCGAGUAUUAUCAAGGUGGGGUUGAGAUGAUUAGGAGGGAUUUACUCACUGGUCACUGGGAACCUUACCUUCUACGUGCAAUCAGUUUGAAACCAUGCUAUGAAGGUGGCAUCAAUGGUGGUGAGGUGGCAGCGCACAUCUUGCAGGAGACGGCUAUUGGGAAAAACUGGGCAUCAGAUAAGCUAAGUGGGGCAAGAAGGUUGCGUGAUGCCAUAGUUCUUGGGUAUCAACUACAAAGGGUGCCUGGACGAGAUAUUUCCAUUCCUGAGUGGUAUGCAAAUGCUGAAAGUGAACUUGGUGUGCGUGGUGGAUCACCAACUUUCCAGAUAAGCGAGAGAAGCUCCCUAGUGAAGUCGUUCGUUGAGGACUUUGAGAUUCUCCAUGGAGAUCCUCAAGGUCUCUCAGAUACAAUGACUUUUCUGAAGAGCUUAGCAGAACUAGACAGUUUCUGUGACUCUGGACCUGAAAAACGUUGGAUGAGGGAGCGCAAGGCUGCAGCUGGACUGUUUAAUUGGAAGGAAGACAUUUUUGUCACAAGAGCACCUGGGCGCUUAGAUGUAAUGGGAGGGAUUGCUGACUAUUCAGGAAGCCUUGUCUUGCAGAUGCCAAUUAGAGAAGCCUGCCAUGUUGCUAUUCAAAGGAAUCAUCCGAGUAAACAUAGACUUUGGAAACAAGUGCAGGCUCGGCAGCAUGCCAAAGGACAAGGACCAACACCUGUCCUUCAAAUUGUAUCAUAUGGCUCAGAAUUGAGCAACCGUGGCCCAACCUUUGACAUGGAUCUAUCUGAUUUUAUGGAUGGAGAUAAGCCAUUGUCAUAUGAGAAGGCAAAGAGAUACUUUGCUCAAGAUCCUUCUCAAAAAUGGGCAGCAUAUGUUGCAGGUGCAAUUCUGGUUUUAAUGACAGAAUUAGACGUCCGUUUUGAAGAUAGUAUCAGUAUGCUGGUUUGCUCUACAGUACCUGAAGGCAAAGGUGUAUCUUCUUCUGCCUCUGUGGAGGUUGCUAGCAUGUCUGCCAUAGCUGCUGCUCAUGAAUUAACAAUCAGUCCCAGAGAUCUUGCUUUGCUUUGCCAAAAGGUGGAGAAUCAUAUUGUUGGAGCUCCAUGUGGUGUUAUGGACCAGAUGGCUUCAGCUUGUGGUGAAGCUGACAAACUUCUUGCAAUGGUGUGCCAGCCAGCUGAGGUUCUUGGACUUGUAGAAAUUCCUGAGCAUAUUCGGUUCUGGGGAAUUGAUUCAGGAAUACGGCACAGUGUGGGAGGUGCCGACUAUGGAUCUGUCAGAGUAGGUGCCUUUAUGGGUCGAAAGAUGAUAAAGUCUGUAGCAUCAUCUGCUUUGUCUCGAUUACUGCCAAGUGCAAAUGGGUUAAAUUCGUAUCCAAGUGGAUUAAGCCCAGAUGAAUUACAGGAUGAAGGUGUUGACCUUCUGAAAGCUGAAGCUUCUUUAGAUUAUCUAUGCAACUUGUCACCUCACAGAUAUGACGCCCGGUAUGCUAAGCUGCUUCCAGAAUCCAUACUUGGUGAGACAUUUCUGGAGAACUAUGUUGACCACAAUGAUGCAGUCACAGUAAUUGAUCCAAAGCGUAAUUAUGGAGUAACAGCAUCUGCAAGACAUCCCAUAUACGAGAAUUUCCGUGUCAAGGCCUUCAAAGCAUUGCUAACAUCGGCGUCUUCAGAUGAACAACUUACAUCUCUUGGAGAGCUAUUGUAUCAGUGCCACUACAGCUACGGUGCUUGUGGACUUGGCUCCGAUGGGACAGACAGGCUUGUACAGUUGGUACAGGAAAAGCAGCAUGGCAAAUCUUCUAAACAUGACGACGGCACAUUAUAUGGAGCCAAGAUCACAGGGGGAGGUUCUGGAGGAACAGUUUGUGUAAUUGGCCGUAAUUGUCUACAAAGUAGCCAACAAAUUCUUGAGAUUCAACAGAGAUACAAGGGUGCAACAGGCUAUUUGCCAUAUGUUUUCGAGGGUUCAUCACCAGGUGCUGGGAAGUUUGGAUAUUUAAGAAUACGCCGCCGUGCAUCUACCUUGGAGCUUUGAUGAAUUUCUUUGUUAUUAAGAAAAAGAUCAUUUUAAUAAGUUGGGGGAUAAUAUAAUUAUUUAUAAUAAUUCCUUCAGUUGGGUAAUAAUUUAAAACAGGAAAAUUAUCCUUCUGUUUCUGGUUACUUUCCUGAGCUGACUGAUUAAAAUGAAUGAACAAGUGUACCAGCAAGAAUUAUAUUAUAAAUUCAUUAUUUUCUC